GUCUCCGGGACAGAGAUAUAUUAGCACUGAUGUUUCUCAGAAGUGACUCUAAUGUGUUUUCUCCACAGCCGACCAAACAGUCGAAGACCAGGAAGCUGCGCGGGCACGUCAGCCACGGGCACGGGCGCAUCGGCAAGCACAGGAAGCACCCCGGGGGUCGAGGCAAUGCUGGGGGCAUGCACCAUCACAGAAUCAACUUCGACAAAUAUCAUCCUGGUUAUUUUGGGAAGGUGGGCAUGAGACACUACCACUUGAAGAGGAACACGCUUUUCUGCCCCACCAUUAACCUGGACAAGCUGUGGACACUGGUCAGCGAGCAGACGAGGGUCAACUACAGCAAGAAGACGGACGGCCCAGCACCCAUCAUCGACGUCGUGCGUGCUGUGAGUCCAGACCUAGACUAG